AUGAACAGCCAGUACAUGCGCAGGGAAGUCUUCUGCUGUGAGACCUGUGAUGAGCUCAAAAGCUUCUGGGAAAAGGAAAUUAGCAAACAGACUUGUUACCGAGAACUUGAAGAAGAUCGCCAGGAGAAAAGCGCUCUGAGAAAGCUUCGAGAAGAAUGGAAGCAGAGGCUGGAGAAGAGGCUGAGAAUGCUGGACAAUCCUGAUGAUAAGGGAAAGCAAGCUACCCCUGAGAACUGAGUGCUUCUGGCAAACCAUCAAGAGCAUCUUCUUCUAAAGGAAAAAGACUUCCAUAGAGUUAUACUGACUUCCUAAGCUGAACUUCCCGAUCUGUUCUUCCAUUUGAGAAAGGACAUACAUGUAAACCCUACCCUGUGUUAAUGGGAACUGUUAUCCAGCUCAACCCUCUCCACACAGAGGACAGGGUGACUGCAAGGGUGGGAUGCUUGGAUUGCUUAAUGUAAAAAGCUCUUUGAAUUAGCACCCCUCCCCAUGUAGUAAAGGUGGUUCUGCCUUCUAUCCCCAUCUUGAAAUCUAAAUGCUUUCCCUGAACUUGCUUGAGGCAAUGACCUUGAUGGAACCCAGCUUCUCCACAUCUCUAGAAACUGAUCACAAAAUCAUUGUCUCCUUUCUUCC